AUGUUUCACGCCGGUACAAUUUUUCGUGCCGCGCUGGCGUCCCAUCGACCCGUUUUGGAGUCAUCUGUUUCUACCAGGGCUCUUGUGAGACGUCUCUUGGGUGAUAAAGGGGGUCAUGUCCCCAAUAUUGCUGCAGUCGAUUCGGUUAUAACAAAGACGAAGGGCCAAGGUUUACCUGGACUGGCGUGUAUUGUGGGAAGGGCUGCAUUUUACGUCCGUUGCAGGAACCCAGAGGCCGCGAUUGCCGAGAUUGACAAGGUUUUUUCUGAAAUCCAGGAUGCUGACUUAAAACGUUUCGCACUUGGAAUUCGCCUCCGGGCAAGGAAUGACCUCUUGGACGUCAAGGAAGCAGCUUUGAAGGUGGAUGGAGGGUCAACAGAGUUGGAUGUCUCUACGCUUCGCGGCGCUAUUCGUGAGGAUUAUGCAGCUCUAAAGGCAGCUUCCUCUGGAUGUUGGCUGGUGGAGAUGGCGGCUGCCGAAUAUGCACUUUAUGAAGGAAAAACCGAGGAGGCAUAUAAGGCUUUGUGUGACGUGGAGGAAAAAAUAGAGGGUUACAUUGCCUCACUUGGAAGGGCCCGCAUUUCUACUGAAGCGGCCUCCGUGGAGAACACGCAAUUAUCUUCAUUGCUGGCCUUUUUGUUAAAACGUGCUGAGGAUGCUGAGGGAGUGAAUCCAUCUGCGUCAAAGAUUGUAGAAGAUGGCAUCAAAAACAUUUUGAAAGAUGAUUCAGUGAAAGAGACUUUGUCAGCAUUCAAAAAGGAACUCGGUGUGUCUCUUACGGAUGAAGAAGUCGCUGAAGUUGCUUACGUCCUUGAUGCAGCACAUAUCCGUCCUCAUUUUCACGACUAUUUUCCAUUGGAGGGGGAGUAUAAUGAUUGGCAUUCUGUAGCAGCGAAAGAAGCCAAGAGGAAUAUUGCCCAGGCGAUUGCCCCGCAGCCUGUUGCCCUUUCCAAUGAGAUACUUGAGAAUGUGAAAAAAUCAGUUCCAUAUAGGCCCUUUUAUGCUCCUGAAGAUUCGCUUCGAAAGUUUCUUUCUUCUUCCAAUCGAAAAAAUUAUCUUGCUGAGCUCAGGGCAGCAUUUGGUUCCAGCCCAGAGAGUGUGCUUGCGAAGAGCGAUGAAGCCUAUUUUGAGGCUUUGAAGGUCUUGAAGCAGGCUCCACCCUCUGCUGAUACGGCCGGUGAUCCUUCCUAUCCGCAGGCUCAAAAUGAGGUCUGUCGAAAAUUGGCCCGUCAGUUGUUGUAUCGAACAAAGGUAAACGAAGCUGUUGCGCUGACUCAGUUAGACCGCCUUAAUGAAGCAAUAGAACUUUUGAAUGGGGUCAUUGCCGCAAAUGAAUUUGUUUACAUGUGGCGUGCAUUUCUUGCGAGAGCUGAGGCAAACAAGAGAUUGGGUCUUAUCAGCAAAUCUGAUAAGGAUUUUCGUCAGUUAUCUCAGCAGAAGAAAAGUUCCCGCUAG